AAUCCGCCAGACCGACGUGCCAUACCGUGGCGGCAGCGUGCCGGUUUACAGACACACAACAUGCGCGUCGCGUGGUUGGCGCUGGUCUUGUGCGCCACGGCAUCAGCCUCAGUAUCUAUAUCGCGCAAGGAACUCUACCGUGAGAUUAUCCGGCAGCUGUCGCCCAAGCAUCUCCGUAAGAAUACGAUCGGUCACGGUCCUGUCUUCUACGACUACCAGGAUGUUUUCGCUGCGCCCAGUGACGAGGAGCCGUUGUGCGUGGCAGCGGCUGUGUUGGCCGAGGACCGGCGUGCAACGUGCCGACCGCGCAAGCAGCUUGUGCCGUUGCCACCGGGGCCGCCCGAAGUGCUGCGCUUCCCAAGGCUGGUGGAGCUAAAGCGCUGCGAAGGGGCUUGCGACCACGGGGGACGCCACUGCUGGCCCACGGUCAAGAACAGCGUCAACAUCAAGGUGGUGAGAGUGAAUGUGACUGAGGGCAAGACACAGGCCCAGUGUGCUGAAGAAAUCAUGGAGGAACAUGUGAAGUGCAGCUGCAAGUGCCCUGUCGACAAAUCCCGCUGCAGCCCAAAUCAGGUGUACGUGGCAUCAGAAUGCACAUGCCUCUGUCCAGACCUGCAGAAGCUGCACCAGUGCAAAGGAAUGAAUCGAACAUGGGAUCCAGAGCAGUGCACGUGUGUUUGCAUGGAAGGGGAGCAGGACUGCUCCACAGGCUACUACUUCAGCAAACAUGAGUGCAGAUGCAUGCCAGUCGAAGACUACGAUUUCUAGUUCACAAUUUCUACCACAGAUAAUUUUGUACUAACACUCCUCUUUCUGCUGCUAAGAGAAACACACGGUGCUUUACAAUAAAAACUGUGAC